AUGGGUUCUGUCGUUUUCCACCUUAUUCGCUCCGAACUUGUCUUUGGUGACGGUAUGACCCUUGGACUACUCGUUUCGGGACUACUCGUUUCGGGGUUCUCUUUCUCUCAACCUAGCUACUUCUGGUCCCCCGAGUUCCUGGGGAAUCUCGGCUGGGGUCGGGGCCGUGGCGAAAAUGUGCCUCACGGACAGCGAUGGGGACAGCGACUGGAACGCUGUGGUUUCAUUCUCCUCAUAUUCAUCGGCGGUGCUCUGGCUCUCCUGGCUGGGCCCGCGACAGCAGUGCUUAUGAUACCCAGGAAAAUGGACUGGCCUGUCGGUGGUGGCAUCUAUUGGCUCAAUGGAAGCGAUCACCAGUUAUGGCCCAAGUUUCUCGACGCAGCUUAUUACUCCGAAAUCAAUUGCACGCUCGAGACCGGCCAAUUCACAGACAAUAUGUGCCCUUCACAUAGCUUCCUUCCCAUGUACCAGCACUUCAUCUCGUGGUGGAACGGCUACAACACGGGAUAUGGCUUUGAGCUAAACGAUGGGUGGCAGCGAAAGAUGAUAUACGCGAGGCCUGCCUUGCUCUCUGACGCCAGUACCUGGGCCUAUUCCGCUCAUGCCGCAACUGCGGUGCUGCAGGACGCGUUGAGAGGUUAUCACUUCAAGGCUUUAGAAUAUCUGGCUCACAAGCAUCCUGACACGAAGCCGUUCCCAAGGCGUCUAGAUUUGGCGAAGCCGAAGCGCUACGAGGUUGAAACCAAGGUACCAGCUGCGAGGGUCUACUGCCCCGACGAGUAUUGGAAAGACAAGGGUAUUCAGCCAGAAAUGGAAAUGCAUGGCGCCAAGGUAUUAGAUGAGGUUGACGUCCUUAGUGACGUGCAACGAGCCCUGGCAGCUCGAGGGAUUCUUCGAGAUGAAAAGUCGGCUCUGAAUGAGUCCAUCUUUGACGACAGACGCGAGAAGCUCAUUGUCGCUACAGACAUUUGGGACGCCACAAAGAACUCUCUGGGCCUGGUCAUACUGUUUAAAGACUUAUUCAACCGCACAAAUGUCAUCGCAGACAUCUCUCCGCCAUCAAACGUUGUCGCCUGGUCCGUUGACGCCCAUUGGGCAAAAGGGAAGACGAUCAGUCAGACGACAGACGACUAUACUAUCUAUCACGAAUAUUACACGGGCAAAGUUCUCAACUUGAUUCAGACGGAACUCGACUUCACAGAUCACAUGGGCUAUGUCCGCGCGAGACCUUCGCCCUACCCGGAAAUGGAAGACAUCAGAUUCAGUCCGGACUGGUACGACAUGCUAUCGCCCACACUGCCCGACAAAGCGCCUGAUCAUUUGCCCCGGAUGCCAAUUCACGGGUUAAAGCGGACUACUCUUGAGAAGCUACUCAUCAGCGUCUACAAGCAGGAUUUCAGGCAAACGGAGCUUGAGAAUCUGAUCGCGACCGUAUUCGUGGAUGGCUUAUCUCGCAGCGGUCUCAUACCCAACUACAAUGCAUCUCGCUUCCUCGAGGCAUGGUCAUUUGGCCACUUUGGCGUCGAGAACGACGAGCUGGCUCGAAAGUUGCUGCACAAGGGCGACCCAGAAGAGAUCUUCCCUGAGCCAGCGAUCCUCAAGUCUGGGAACUCGACGCGCAGGGAGAUGAAAGCGAUAUAUAAUGGGUAUGUCAUGACUGCCAAAGACUGGUUUGACUACCUUUGCAUGGUCUGCCUUGGCCUGCACGCUGUGAUUGCCAUUGUACACACCAUUUUUGUUGUCUUCAUCAAGCACAAAACAAGCGGGGCGUGGGACUCAAUUCUGGAACUGAUCGCCUUGACGCAAAGAUCUACUCCACCUGAGAGGCCUUUGCUUUCCAAUGCAUCUGCUGGUGUGCAAUCCCCGAGAACGGUCAAGUUGAUUGCCUGGGUAGAAGCGCCGGAGACUGGGGAGACGACUGCGUUGGAGGACAAGGAGGUUCCAAGAGGGGAGUUGCAGAUGAGGUUCGGUCAUCGCUGGUGGCGGCGAGAAAAAGAGUUGAAACCAGUGAUAGAUAAGGUAUAUGGGGCACCACAGCGGGGAUAUCAGCUACUACGGAGUAGCAAUGCUGUGAAGGGAAUGAUCUUGGAGCUAUGGUAG